CGUAACGCGGACGGCGUCCGGAUCGAUGGCCGACCGCCGCGCCUCGGUCAAUUCCCCCGGCGACGCCUCCCCCUGGCCGGCGUCGAUUCUCCUCGCCCAGGAGGCGUACGUCGCCGUCAGCAGGAACCACACCACGGCCACAGCCAAAUCGAGGGUCGACCAUACCGUGGAGGUCACCUUCUGGAUCGCCGACCCACCGGCGGUGUCCUUCUACACGUUCCACUGCUCCAAGCCCCCCAUCUCCGACUCUGAGGACGCCGACUUGGAAGUUCAGCCACACGUGGUUGGCGCGGAGGGCCGAUUCGUUCUUAUCCGCACCUCUUUUGCUUCCGGCGACGGCGAGUAUGAAUUCUUCAUCUACAAGGGCGACCCCAGGUCCCCGUCCCUCGACAGCGUCCCGCUUCCCGAUGAUGAUUCGCUGCACCGUGUUAGCUAGUUCGGAAUCGUGCCCCGUGGUGACGGGGACAUUAUCUCCUGAUUGCACUCUGUGACGCAGUGACCUUGAAGGAUUACCGACUUCACAUCUAGGAUCAAGGAGCUGCUCAACCCAUGUCCUGGGGUCCUUACGAUUGCACCCGACAAGGCCAUGUUGCUCCGAGAUGGCGUGCUGGUGUGGGUCGAUUUGCUGCGCGGCAUGUUGGUGUGUGACAUACUUCAAGAACGAGAACCCCUUCGUGCGCGCUACAUCCCAUUGCCUGAGCCAUUGCCUAGAAACAGAGAAGAAAUUUUGAAGCAGUUAAUCCCGGGAGCUGGCGUCAGGCGUAUUCGGGAUGUUGCCUAUGUCGAUGGUCUGAUCAAGUUUGUUGAGAUGGAACACCGCGUCACUGUAACAGAGAUUGUAGAGGUUCCUCCUGAAAAGCCGUCUGACCCCAGGGACAAGACUGUCCUCUAUGAUUCUGACUUGAUCAUGCUCUACAAGCGUAAACAUGUGGACAACAUACCCAAGACGCUGCGCACAAUGAAUGGUUGGAGUGCCAUGACAUGGACUAGGGAGAUUGGGUCUGACUGUUGGCUCAAGGGAGUCAUUGUUGAUGUUGAUGACAUUUUGGUCGAUGACUCCGCGUUUUCGGUCUUACUGUCUGGCCAAAGGAAUGAAUCCGCUGGGAGCUUGACAUUCAAGAACAUGUACUCGGCUUGCUCCAUCCUGAGUACAGAUGGUAAUGAUAUCCUUUACCUCAAGUUAUCCAGGAAAUGGAGUGAUCGAUCUGGAUGGGUGGUUGCUGUUGACCUUGAAGAGAAUACACUGAAAGUGGAAGCACCUGGGGCGCACCCAUUUGGAAGAUAUUCUCCUUUCGCGGCAAACAUUCCUUCCCUGCGCAUUGGUGAACCAUCUAAAAAGGACUCCUGGCAUUAAAGUCUCAGCAAUUCAAACCGCACAGACAAGCAGCUCUGCGAAUGAGCCAAAUAAUGCAGCUAUCUGUGUCGGUGAGCCUGAUUCCUAUGAAUCUGAAAACAAACGUCCAAGGC